AUAAUUAUUAUUGACCGAAUCCCAACGGGUGGCAAAUGGCUCUGGCCUAUACAGGAUUAGAUUGUGGUCUACAUACAGCCGAGACAUUGUUCAUUUCCUUCUGCUCCCAGGAUGUGAUGUUUUGCACUUUUCAGAUCUUCCAUGCUAUUGUUGACAUCACCUCGGUGUGUUAAAUAACAUCCUCCUUCCUACUGUCCUCCACUUUCUUUCAUUGGUCCUCCAAUUCCUUCUUUUUACCUUUGUGCCCCAUGGAGGACGUUCAUUCCUCAUACCUGUCUGGACAGGACGAUGUGGAUAACCUGCCCUACCCACUGCCAUCGCUUGGGCAGAAUGAAGCUUGUGCCCCCAUGCCAUGCCCAGGAGGUGUGGAGAUUGUUCUUGUAGGUGGUGCAGAACCCACAGUUGGUGCAUAUCCUGGCGAGACUGGUGUCCUCCCAUCCUACUCCCACAUUGGAUAUCGAGAGGAGAGCAGAGACGGGAUGAGACUGACCCACUCCAGAGAGUCUGAUGGGCUUAACUGUGGCAUCAUGGGGCGACCAGAGCAAGAUCACCUAUCUUCUUCUAAAUAUACUCUUCCACAUCCUGAUCAUAGUACCUUGCACCACUUUACUCCUCACCAGCCUGACACUCAUACUACUCCAUGGAGGUACUUAAACACUCAUGAAGAAAUUGAAAGAGAAUCUGAUGGAAUGCUUUCAGAGGAACAGUAUAUGCAGCAUAGAAGGUUUGAAUGGACUUCAGGUUUAGAGGACGGAGAAGGUCAUACACAAUUAAUGAUGGUAAGGUCAGACCCAUCCCCUAUUACAAUGCCAGCUUACAGAAGAGCACUGCAGCUAGGAAGGGUCCAUGAAGCCUGGCAAGGGGGAAAUUAUUCAGAAGAGGAUGCACACGUAGAGGUGGAAGAGGAAGAAGAAGACGAGGAAGGCUCUGUCUAUACCUGCAUUGAAUGUAGUAUUUACUUCAAGAAAAAAGCCCAUCUGUUAGAGCACAUGUUUCAACACUCCCAGGAAGCAGAAGGAGAGAGUGGACAUGGGGUAGAAGGUACUUACACUUGUGGAGAAUGCGGAAAGGCAUUUGGAGAUGAGGAGAGUCUAGAAUCUCACCGCCAACUUCAUCAAGAAUCCAGAAAAAAAAUUAUAGAAGAGAUUGGCAAACUCGAGAGUUUCACAGAUGAAGGACGAGAUGCUCGUCUGCAGUGCCCCAAAUGUCUGUUUGGCACAAACUCAUCAAAAGUGUUUGUUCAGCAUGCAAAGACUCAUGUGAAGAAAGUUGGUGGGGAAACUCGAACAACUUCAUCAUCUUUCAGGGUGUUAUCAGAGAUGGUAGAUGGAGGUGAAACCUCAGAACCGCCAACUGAAGGCAUUUGGAAGCCUCCAGAAACAGAGAACUCAGUUGAGUCUGAUUGGAAAUUGGACAUAUCUCGGCCUGUUAUGCAAGGUCCUAGUAAGGUAAAGAGAAAGACUCUAGCUAGGGAACAAUCUCAUAGUUCACAGAAUAAUAACAAACGUGCAGAAAAAGAAGGCAAUAAGUCCAGAAGAUUAGUUCGAUUGCCUGAGGCUGCAGUACAGUUAAAGAGAAAGUUUCGAGACGCUCUUAAAGCUGCUGGUGAAAUUGAAGAAGAUCAGAGACGACAACUGAGAGAAGAGGUGGCUGUUGUCUCACUGAAAAACAUAAGCCCUAAGAAAAAGCCAACGAAACCACGUCAACCUUGGGGCUAUAAGAAGAAGCUUGCUUUAAGUAAGACUUUAUUUUCACGUGCUUCUCUUGGCCCCCAUCUGCCCAGAGAAGACUGGGCAGAGGAUGGAGAAGAUGACAUCUCUCUAGAUACUUUAUUAUCUGACCCCAAGUAUGCUAGUCAGCUUGAAGCCCUUGGGUUAAGGAGCGAAGAACGGGAGUGUCCAUAUUGUCCUGACCGUUUCCAUAAUGGGAUAGGUCUUGCAAACCAUGUCCGAGGUCACUUGAACAGAGUCGGAGUCAGCUACAAUGUACGACAUUUCAUAUCUGCGGAGGAAGUAAAGGCAAUUGAACAGAACUACUCCUUCCAGAAGAAGCGCAAGAAAGUGGCGAACUUUGACCCCAGUACCUUCAGCUUGAUGCGGUGUGAAUUCUGUGGUGCUGGUUUCGACACUCGUGCUGGCCUCUCCAGUCAUGCCCGUGCCCACCUUCGAGACUUUGGUAUCACCAACUGGGAGCUCACAGUUUCUCCCAUCCAUGUCCUUGCUCGACUGCUAGCCCGCUCACCCGGUCGUCCACUGCCCCCAUUUCCACCAUGGCACCAGGACACCGAUACGGACGUGCUGCCUUCAGAUGAAGAUGAUGGGCCACUAAUAGAUUUGGGCCGGGCACAAGGUUCAAAGCCUGAGCAAAGCCCGGCGGAGAAAAUGGUGUCAAAUCAGAGCUCCAGCAAAGCAGAAGAUUCUAAAGGCCAAGGUUCCCUUACAUGUGAGAUGUGUGGAGCGUGCUUUGAGACCCGGAAGGGCUUGUCCAGCCACUCACGCUCCCAUCUGCGGCAACUUGGGAUUCCAGGGUCAGAAACCAUUGGUGCUGCUAUUGCUAUGCUGAAAGAUAUAGUCAAGCAGGGCAAGCUUCCAAAAGAUGAGAGCUCACUGGGGGCAAAGAAGGCGGGCAGUCCCCAGCAAGAAUCCUCCAAAGCCCAGUGGGGGGAUGAGGACGGGCCUUUGAAUCUGAGUGUGGAAGGAGAUCCAAACCAAGAAAAUGACUGCCAGUUUUGUGGUGCUUGGUUUGAGACCCGAAAGGGCCUGGCCAGCCAUGCUAGGGCUCAUUUGCGCCACUUGGGAGUUGCUGAUCCAGAUGCAAAGGGUUCCCCAAUUGCCACGCUAAACGCUCUUAUAAAAAGCGAGGAUUUCAAGAAGCAAAUGUCUGGGCAGAAAGCAGCUGACACUGACCCUCUCGCCAGAGUUCUUGUUGAUAGCAAUUCCGCUACAGUGCGUAACAGUAGCUCAAAGAGCAAAGAAACUGGUACUUUCACCAAGCCAACAGAAAGCAAAAAUAAGGCAAGCAGCAAUGCCUCUACCGACACAGAGCAAAAGCCACCUUCAGAGAGAUUUGUAGAGAGUGGUCUGAAAUUAGUGGACAGUACAGGGCCUAUAGAAACUUCUGCACAUUUCAAAUGUCCUAGUGGGUCAGGAAACAGCACUCAAAUCAAAAUAGUUGAAGCUGGUGCUCCUCGUGUCCUGUCUCCUGAGGCUGGUGCUUACUCAAAAUUAGUUGAAGUUGGCAGGUCCCAAGUAAAGUCAGAGGCUGGUCUUGGUCAUGGUAAGGUGGAACCUGGUAACCAAACAAAGCCUUCCGUAGGAGGCCUCGCUCACCCUAGACCACUAUCUGCUAGCACACCACCUACAAAGAAAAUGAAGACGCCUUCUCCAUCCUGUAAAUCUAACAUGGAUCCAUACUGGGCUCAGAAAAAUGCCACCGCUGCACUCAAUCUUUCCCCGAGUUCGGAAGUAGUCCGCUGCGAGUUCUGCGGCGAGUUCUUUGAAAACAAAAAGGGCCUGUCAAGCCAUGCACGCUCCCACCUGCGCCAGAUGGGCGUCACAGAGUGGCAUGUCAACGGGUCACCCAUCGACACCCUACAGGAGAUCUUGGCCAGUGGGACCUGUCCCGGAACAGGCACCAGAAUCGGAGGCCCCAGCUCGGAGAAGCUCCUCCCACAUCGUCUUCCCGCUUCCCCAUCCCGGUCCCACCCGUACAGUGGGUUGGCUCCGGCAAUGCAACACAAGCCUCCUCGGCUUCCUACCUACUCGGCCAGUGAGUGGCCGUCCGAGCUUUCACCUUUAAACUUGUCGUCACAGUCAGACCCCUCCCGUGAUAUCCGCUGCGAGUUUUGUAAUGAGUUCUUUGAGAAUCGCAAGGGACUAUCUAGUCAUGCACGUUCACAUCUUCGCCAGAUGGGUAUAACAGAAUGGCACGUGAAUGGCUCACCUAUUGACACACUGCGAGAUGUCAUACAUAAGAGGCAUCCAGCAAAACCACAGCAACAAGUUUCCAGCAUCAAAAUGGAACCUCGUGGGGAAGAUGAGCCACCCAGUCCGUCCCACAGACUCUCACCUAUAGGUGUUGGGGCAUCAGUGAUGGCACGAGAUAUUCCAAUUUCAGCACCUGGGCACCCUCACAACAAUUUUCUUUCACCAGUACCAACUAAGAGGCCAGUACCUCAUGAACCUAGACUUACACAGUCUGAGCCAAAGGGCUAUAUGAAUGCAGAGCCAAAGACUUGCAGCCAGCCUAAGUCUUACUUACAGGGUGAGAGUAGACCAAAAUCCUACAUUACAGAGGGGGGGCAACCCAAGACCUUUGUUCAUGGUGAUGGGAAGCCAAAACAGUUCUUGCAAAGUGGAGAAGGAAGGCCAAAGACUUUUAUGCAAGAUGGGAGACCAAAGGGCUUUUUGCCAAUUGAAAACCGACCCAAGACAUAUGUACAUGGCGAAAGCAAGCCUAAAACAUAUUUACAAGGUGACGCAAAGCCUAAGUCUUUUAUACCUGGGGAAAAUAAACCUAAACCGUUCUUGCAAGGUGAGCCCAAGCCCAAGUCUUUUUCUCCAGAUGGCAAGACCAAGGCUUACAUUCAAACGGAGCUUCCAUUCAAGGUCAAGAUGAAGGCAUCCCCAGAGAAAGCAGUCACAUGCAUGGAGGCAAGCUGUGAGCUUUGUGGGUUGUUCUUUGAGAAUCGGAAGGCUUUAGCCAGCCAUGCCAGAGCUCAUCUUCGACAAUUUGGUGUAACCGAAUGGUGUGUCAAUGGUUCCCCAAUUGAAACGCUCCGAGAAUGGAUGAAGCAGAGACCCCAAAAGGCUGGUGCCUAUCUCAAUUACAUCCAAGGGCGUCCUUUCUCCAAAAAGUUCAAACGUGCUUUGCAAAGUCCAAAACCAGGACUAGAGAAGGAAAGCCCAGCUACAACCCCCGGAAAGGUAGCUGAGAAGGAGCACAGUGCUGCAACACAAAGCCCAACCUCUGAAAAAACAGCUGAGCCACAGGGCCAGAAAGUGGAGCGACGUCACUCUAAGGCACCUGAGGUUCCACCCACUCGGGAAGAUACUGUUUCUGAACCACUAGCCAAAAAUGAGGAGCCACGACCACCUGCAAGAGCACGUCCUGUGCCUUCUCUGGUACCAAGACCACCUGAGAAAUCAUUAGUGAAGUUUGUUGGAAACAUUUACACUUUGAAAUGCAGGUUCUGUGACACUCAAUUCCAAGGUCCGCUUUCCAUUCAGGCGAAGUGGGUCCGUCACCUUCAGCAUCAUAUAUUGGCAAUGAACUUUUCAAAGUUCCCGAGCCCACCACAUGAGGUAUCAUCCCAGGAACAGGCAGAAGCUGUCGAGUUUACGCCAGCAACGGAUGCCGAGUCGACCAAUGGGCGCGGUGUGCUCGAGGUGUGCUGUGCGCAGGCGCAGUGGCUGCUCUGGAAGUUGUUCCCCCGUGCUGUGGACAUGGAUGGCGGUAAUAGAGGAUUUGGACCUUGGGGUCAAGGUCGAAAUCAUCAAGGAGCACUGGCUUCAAAUGAAGAUGAUGGGCCACCGAUAGAUCUGGGUGGAGCUCAAGGCUCAAAGCCUGAGCAAAGCUCAGCAGAGAAAAUGGUUUCAGAUCAGAAUGCUAACAAAGUGGAAGAUUCUAAAGGCCAAGGUUCCCUUACAUGUGAGAUGUGUGGAGCGUGCUUUGAGACCCGGAAGGGCUUGGCCAGCCACUCACGCUCCCACCUACGGCAACUUGGGAUUCCAGGGUCAGAAGCCACUGGUGCUGCCAUUCAUAUGCUGAAAGAGAUAGUCAAGCAGGGCAAGCUUCCGAAAGAUGAGAGCUCACUGGGGGCAAAGAAGGUGGUCAGUCCCAAGCAAGAAUCCAAAGCCCAGUGGGGGGAUGAGGACGGGCCUUUGAAUCUGAGUGUGGAAGGAGAACCAAAUCGAGAAAAUGCAUGCGAGUUUUGUGGUGCUUGGUUUGAGACCCGAAAGGGCCUGGCCAGCCAUGCUAGGGCUCACUUACGCCAGUGGGGAGUCAAUGAUCCAGAUGCAAAGGGUUCCUCAAUUGUCUUGUUAAACGCUUUUAUAAAAAGCGAGGAUUUCAAGAAACGAAUGUCUGGGCAGACAGCAGCUGACAAUGACCAUCCUGCAAAAGCUCCUAGCGUUAGCAGCUCCACAGAUAAAGAGCGUAACAGUAGCACAAAAAGCAAAGAAACUGGUACUUUCGCCAAGCCAGCAGAAAGCACAAAUAAGGCAAGCAGCAAUGCCUCUCCGAAACUCUCUGAAGUUGGCUCACGAUCCAUGUCGGGAGAGAGUGGUCUGAAGUUAGUGGACAGUACAGGGCCUAUAGAAACGUCUGCACAUUUCAAAUCCCCUAGUGGGUCAGGAAACAGCACACAAAUUAAAAUAGUUGAAGCUGGUGCUCCUCGUGUCCUGUCUCCUGAGGCUGGUGCUUACAAAUUAGUUGAUGUUGGCAACUCCCAAAUAAAGUCAGAGGCUGGUCAUGGCCAUGGUAAGUUGGAACAUGGUAACCACUCAAAGCCUUCCAUAGGAGGUCUCCUUCACCAUAGACCUCUAUCUGCAAACACGCCACCUACUAAAAAAAUGAAGACGUCGUCUCCAUCAUUUAAAGCCAACCUGGAUUCCUACUGGGCUCAGAAAAAUGCUUCCACUCCAAUCAAUCUUUCCCCGAGUUCGGAAGUAGUCCGCUGCGAGUUCUGUGGCGAGUUCUUUGAAAACAGAAAGGGCCUGUCGAGCCACGCACGCUCCCACCUACGCCAGAUGGGCGUCACAGAGUGGCAUGUCAACGGGUCACCCAUCGACACCCUGCGGGAGAUCUUGGCCAGUGGGAUCUGCCCCAGAACGGGCACCAGAAUCGGAGGCCCCAGCUUGGAGAAGCUCCUCCCACAUCGUCCUCCCGCUUCCCCAUCUAGGUCCCACCCGUACAGCGGGUUGGCUCCGGCAAUGCAUCGCAAGCCUCCUCGGCUUCCUACCUACCAGGCCAGUGAGUGGCCUUCGGAGCUUUCGCCUUUAAACUUGUCUUCGCAAUCAGACCCCAACCGUGACAUCCGGUGCGAGUUCUGCAAUGAGUUCUUUGAGAACCGCAAGGGACUGUCUAGUCAUGCACGUUCACAUCUCCGCCAAAUGGGUGUAACAGAAUGGCACGUUAAUGGCUCACCCAUUGAUACUCUGCGGGAAAUCAUACGCAAAAGGCGUCCAGCUACACCACAGCAGCAGGUUUCCAACAUCAAAACGGAACCUCGUGGUGAGGAUGAGCCACUGAGCCCAUCACACAGACUCUCACCUCUUGGUGUUGGGGCAUCAGUGAUGGCACGAGAUCUUCCAAUUUCACCUCCUGGGCGCCCUCACAACAGUUUUCUGUCACCAAUAUCAGCUAAGAGGCCAGCACCUCAUGAACCUAGACUCACACAGUCUGAGCCAAAGGGCUAUAUGAAUGCAGAGCCAAAGACUUGCAGCCCAUCUAAGCUUUACUUGCAGGGUGAGAGUAGACCAAAAUCCUAUGUUCUAGAGGAGGGACGGCACAAGACCUUUGUUCAUAGUGAUAUUAAGCCAAAACAUUUCUUGCAAGGUGGAGACGGGAGACCAAAGACUUUUAUGCAAGAAGGCAGAUUAAAGGGCUUUUUGCCAAGUGAAAACAGACCCAAGAUGUUGCACGGUGAGGGGAAGCCUAAAAUCUAUUUGCAAGGUGAUGCAAAGCUUAAACCUUUUAUUCCUGGGGAAAAUAAACCUAAACCAUUCUUACAAGGUGAACCCAAGCCUAAGUCUUUUUCUCCAGAUGGCAAGCCCAAGGCUUACAUCCAGACAGAGCUUCCAUUCAAGGUCAAGAUGAAGGCAUCCCCAGAGAAAGGAGCCAAUAGCUUGGAGGCAAGCUGUGAGCUUUGUGGUUUGAUAUUUGAAAAUCGUAAGGCUUUAGCCAGUCAUGCCAGAGCUCACCUUCGACAAUUUGGUGUAACUGAAUGGUGUGUUAAUGGUUCCCCAAUUGAAACGCUACGAGAGUGGAUGAAGCAGAGACCUCAGAAGGCUGGUGCCUAUCUCAGUUACAUCCAAGCACGUCCUUUCUCCAAAAAGUUCAAACGUGCUUUACAAAGUCCAAAACCAGGACCAGAGAAGGAAAGCCCAGCUACAACCCCCGUGAAGGUAGCGGAGAAAGAACACAGUAUUUCAACGCCAAGCUCAACCUCUGAAAAGCCAGCCGAACCACAGGGGCAAACAGAAGUUGAGCGUCGUCACCCUAAGGCACCUGAGGUUCCACCCUUUAGGGAAGAUACAGUCUCUGAACCACUAGCCAAAAAUGAGGAGCCACGACCACCUGCAAGAGCCCGUCCUGUGCCUUCUCUGGUACCAAGACCUCCCCAGACAUCAUUAGUGAAGUUUGUUGGAAACAUUUACACUUUGAAAUGCAGGUUCUGUGACAUUCAGUUCCAAGGUCCGCUUUCUAUUCAGGAGCAGUGGGUCCGUCACCUUCAGCAUCACAUAUUGGAAAUGAACUUUUCAAAGGUGCUCAGCCCACCCCAUGAUGAAUCAUCCCAGGAGCAGUCAGAGCAGUCAGAGGCUGUCAAGACCCAAUAAGUUGGCUUUGCAAUGACUCGGACGGAGAAGAUGUCUGAAUUGUCUACAGUGAGAGAAAGCAAACCGCAGAUUAUGUGAAAGGCUUGUAGAUGGCGGCGUGGAAUUUAUAACAAAAUCCCAUGCAGGCUCUGACAGACGAGAUGCUUUAAAGCCUGUGAAGGGAAAUGGAUUAUUUCUGGGUAUACAGUAAGGGAAGGCCAGCCGCAAGGCAUCAACACCUUUUAGUAGACUGGACUUGCAAUAAUAAUGAUGGAUGUAGGAGAGGUGGUGCUAUGGGGAACAUCAAGGGCAUGUUUUGAAGAAUUUUAAUAAUAUGGUUAAAUGCUGGCAGUUUAUCAAAUGUUGUAUGAUUGGUGUCUGCAGAUGUAGAAUGUUGUGGAAGGUGAUAUAAAUGAAUAAGGGAAGAAUAAAGAUGCAAGAUGGGUUCUUUUUGGAUCUGA